CUCCUGGCUGCGCGCGGAGCGGGAGGGCUCUUCUCACACAAGCGCUUCCUCGCGGAGAGGUUGGAACUGCGGCAGCCGCAGGCCUGGGCCGCCCCUUCCGUGCUGCCGGCUUCUCUUCCUCAGUUCUCUCCGGUCCGCUUGCCCUCCGACGCUGACCAGGAAUUUGACAAGAAACUGAAGUUUUGAUGCAAUAUAUUUUCAGUUUGAGACCAGCCAUGUACUAGAGUUUAGAUUCUUUCAUUUGAUUAAGGUAUGGUCUGAAUAUGCGUUGCUUGGCAGCUCGGGUCAACUAUAAAACUUUGAUUAUCAUCUGCGCACUCUUCACUUUGGUCACAGUACUUUUGUGGAAUAAGUGUUCCAGUGACAAAGCGAUCCAGUUUUCACGCCACAGUAGUGGUUUCAGAGUGGAUGGAUUAGAAAAAAGAGCAGCAGCAUCUGAGAGUAACAACUAUGUGAACCACAUGGGCAAGCAACAGGCUGAGGAGGCAUUUCCUCAGGAACAGCAGAAAGCACCUCCAGUUGUAGGGGGCUUCAAUAGCAAUGGGGGAAGCAAGGUGUUGGGGCUCAAAUAUGAAGAAAUUGACUGUCUCAUAAAUGACGAUCACACAAUAAAAGCGAGACGAGAGGGGAAUGAAGUCUUUCUUCCAUUCACUUGGAUAGAGAAAUAUUUUGACGUUUAUGGAAAGGUGGUUCAGUAUGAUGGCUAUGAGAGGUUUGAAUUCUCUCAUAGCUAUUCCAAAGUCUAUGCACAGAGAGCUCCUUAUCACCCUGAUGGUGUGUUUAUGUCCUUUGAAGGCUACAAUGUGGAAGUCCGAGACAGAGUCAAGUGCAUAAGUGGGGUUGAAGGUGUACCUUUAUCUACACAAUGGGGACCUCAAGGCUAUUUCUACCCAAUCCAGAUUGCACAGUAUGGGUUAAGUCAUUACAGCAAGAAUCUAACUGAGAAACCCCCUCACAUAGAGGUAUAUGAAACAGCUGACGACAGGGACAAAAACAGCAAGCCUAAUGACUGGACCGUUCCAAAAGGCUGUUUUAUGGCUAAUGUAGCUGAUAAGUCUAGAUUCACCAGUGUUAAACAGUUCAUUGCCCCAGAAACCAGUGAGGGUGUCUCCUUGCAUCUGGGGAACACAAAAGAUUUUAUUAUUUCCUUUGACCUCAAGUUCUUGACAAAUGGAAGUGUGUCUGUGGUUCUUGAGACCACAGAAAAGAAUCAGCUCUUCACUGUACAUUAUGUCUCAAAUACCCAGCUAAUUGCUUUUAAAGAAAGAGACAUCUACUACGGCAUUGGGCCCAGAACUUCGUGGAGCACGGUUACCAGGGACCUGGUCACUGACCUCAGGAAAGGAGUGGGUCUUUCCAACACAAAAGCUGUGAAGCCAACCAAAAUAAUGCCCAAGAAGGUGGUUAGAUUGAUUGCAAAAGGGAAGGGAUUCCUCGACAACAUUACCAUCUCUACCACAGCCCACAUGGCUGCGUUCUUUGCUGCCAGUGAUUGGCUGGUCAGGAACCAGGAUGAGAGAGGUGGCUGGCCAAUUAUGGUGACCCGUAAGUUAGGGGAAGGGUUCAGGUCUUUAGAGCCAGGGUGGUACUCUGCCAUGGCCCAAGGGCAAGCCAUGUCUACUUUAGUCAGGGCCUAUCUGUUAACAAAAGACCAUGUAUUCCUCAAUUCAGCUUUAAGGGCGACAGCCCCUUACAAGUUUCUCUCGGAGCAGCACGGAGUUAAAGCUGUGUUUAUGAAUAAACAUGACUGGUAUGAAGAAUAUCCAACCACACCUAGCUCUUUUGUUUUAAAUGGCUUUAUGUAUUCUUUAAUUGGGCUAUAUGACUUAAAAGAAACUGCAGGAGAAAAACUUGGGAAAGAAGCGAGGUCUUUGUACGAGCGUGGCAUGGAAUCCCUUAAAGCCAUGCUCCCCUUGUAUGACACGGGCUCAGGAACCAUCUACGACCUCCGUCACUUCAUGCUGGGGAUCGCCCCCAACCUGGCCCGCUGGGACUACCACACCACCCACAUCAACCAGCUGCAGCUACUCAGCACCAUUGAUGAUUCUCCAAUCUUCAAAGAGUUUGUCAAGAGGUGGAAAAGCUACCUUAAAGGCAGCAGGGCAAAGCACAACUAGGGCUUAUAACCAAAAUCACACUUCAGCCUCUGCUGUACACGGAAAGUACAGGCUCGAUCUCAGCAGAGCUUCGGCACGUUUUAAAAGGUUGUACACUAGGUUUUUGUGGGUUACGUAGAGUGAUCGGUGAUCCUUAAAGCCAGUCUUCUGAGAUAAUUGCAUUCCUUUGGGUGGGUGUUUAGAAAUGUAGAUGGCAUUUAGCGCAGAAAUGUGUUUAGUCAAUGGGCUGAACAAAGGUGUUUAACUUUGUCUUGCUGUCAUCCUAUGCAGUUCCACAGUGAGCCCCUUUCAGCUUGGGAAAGACAGUGGUAAGUAGCUGUCACUGGCCAGCUGUCCAGCACUUACCUGAAAACUUAGGAUGGGGUUCUUUUAAAAUGUGAUUAUUUAUAUUUAUGUUGAAAGCAGACUUUAAAAAAAUGAUGUGCUGUAAUACAGUAAAUAUGUACUUGUAGCCUGAAUAGUGGACUGUGUGCAACUUUUUAAAAUGAUGUUUCUUUUCUAUAGAUUAAUUUCUUGGGGGCAAAUGGGCAUUUGUUCAAUUUGUUAUAUACGGAAACUAUUUUGAAUUUAUGGUUUUCUUGAAAUAUGUAAAUUAAGAACACACCAGUGUUCAGGCUUCAUGUUAUAUGAUGUAAGCACAACUAAAAUGACACUUGUUGACUGCACAAAAAAUUACAGAAAUGUUAUGUUUUAUGAAAUGAUCUACAAUCAGUAAAGGUUUGAUAAUCAGUCUAUCCUUUCCCGUCCCCAUCGUGAUGGUUUCUUUUUGUCAUUAUCUAGAAUUUUUGUAUUCCAUUUAAGACUACACAAGAGUUUAGUCUUUGCGGGGGGAGGAUUGGGGCGCAGGCAGUGGUGGUAGUAAUUUUUGGACAUUAUUUGAAAACUGAAUUAUAAACCCAAAUUGGGAAGGAGCUGGUGAUUUUCCUGAGUCCAAUACCAUUACCCUUUUGGGUUUUUUUUCCCCCUGUAAAGAAAAAUACCAGAUCAAAUAAUAGUACAAGAAGGAGAGCAGGACUUCCUGCUCAGAACCUUCUUGGUCACCAAGCCAUUGACUCUGCACAUCGUUUUUUUUUUUUCUUUGCAAUUUUUAGACUACUUCAGUUAUUGGAUAGAAGUGAUACUACUGCAUUUGCAAUCAGACCUUUAUUUGGGUUUUAUAUCCCACCUCCCAUGAAUAGAUUCCAUAGCCCUCUGACCAUGGGCAGUGUCUGCUGUAGCACAUCAGGCGUUGGGUCAAAACCUAGUUUCAGUAUGAUGGUACAAUCAAUGUAAACUGUAACUUUUGCAGACUGGAAAUAUGAGCCCCCCCCAC